AAAGAAGAAGAGGAAUGUUGGCCGGUGUUGCGUUUUGAUAUUUCCGACAGCACCUGACGUACACAGCAGCCGCAGUCACCCUGCAGCUGAACUGAUCCUCCGGACCUCCAUCACCUCUGCUCACCGGGUAUCUGCCACCAUCAGCCGGCCAUGGCGCCCCGGAGGUUCUUCGUGGGAGGAAACUGGAAGAUGAACGGGAACAAGGAGAGUCUGGGAGAGCUGAUGACCACCCUGAACACCGCGAGCCUGCACGACCAGACCGAGGUGGUCUGUGCUGCUCCCUCCAUCUACCUGGACUUUGCUCGGUCCAGUCUGGAUCCCAGGAUCGGUGUCGCAGCCCAGAACUGCUACAAGGUGGCCAAGGGAGCGUUUACAGGGGAGAUCAGUCCGGCCAUGAUAAAGGACUGCGGGGCAGACUGGGUGAUCCUGGGACACUCUGAGCGCCGUCAUGUCUUUGGGGAAGGUGACGAGCUGAUUGGCCAGAAGGUGGCUCACGCUCUGGAGAGUGAUCUGGGUGUGAUCGCCUGCAUCGGCGAGAAGCUGGAGGAGCGGGAGGCAGGCACCACAGAAGAAGUCGUCUAUGCUCAGACGCAGGUCAUUGCAGAGAACGUGAAGGACUGGGGGAAAGUGGUGCUGGCAUAUGAACCUGUGUGGGCCAUCGGCACAGGCAAGACCGCUUCACCUGAACAGGCUCAGGAGGUCCAUGAGAAGCUGAGGGCGUGGCUCAGAGCCAACGUCUCCGAGGACGUGGCCGACUCUGUGCGCAUCAUCUACGGAGGCUCAGUAACCGGAGCUAACUGCAGAGAGCUGGCGUCUCAGGGCGACGUAGACGGCUUCCUGGUGGGCGGAGCCUCUCUGAAACCAGAGUUUGUCGACAUCAUCAACGCAUGCGCAUAAUAGACACAGGCCACGGCUCCAUCGGGACCGGUGAAAAACACCCUGCCCUUUAGAUGUCACCAUGCGUCUGCAAACUGCGCUGACUGAUCCGCAGACAGGCGUGUGUCAAGUUAGAGAAAGUUGUAUUUUGCAAAAUAUGUUCAAUGGGGUAAAAAGAGGGUGGUAGAAUUAUUUUGAAGUAAAUAUCUGUACUCUUCUGUCAUGUCAUUUGUGGGAAUGUAGCUCUUUUAUUUGUCAUAUUACAGUUUAUAGUCAGACUACUAAGAUAUUUUGUUUCAGUGUUGGGUUACAGUAUCAAAUAUGUUUCACUUGAUUGUCUGUGUUGACUGCAAGGAUUUAAGAGGCAUCAAAAAGUCAGUAAACAUCUUGGAAAUGGGAGAUUUUACAAUCAGUCCUCAUGUUUUCAGCUGAUUUAAUGCUUUAUAGCUAUUUUACGGAGGAAAUGAGUUCAGCUUCAGGGGAAAACGGAUAGUGUGUACAGUCUAUUUUUCAGGUGACCUGUUUUACUUUCUCUAUUCGCGAGGUGGAGGUGGUGACAAACAAGACGGUUUAGAAAAGAGAGAGAAGAAAUAUGAAAUACAUAUUUGAUGCAAACAAUUCACUGUUUCUUUCAUCUCCUCCUCACUAAAGAAAACUGUGCUGAUGUCCAAGUGUGUGAAUGAUACGAGACGUUGGUAUCAGUCAAGUUUCAGCAGUUCUCUCUGUUAAUUUAAGAUGAAAUGACAGAUAUUAUUUGCGGCAGAGGAUCAGUCAGCCCAGGUUGUUUUGUGUGUUUGCUAACAGAUUGAUAACAGUCUUGUAAUGUUGUAUUAAUAAUGCACUCUCUCUCACUUAAUGCACUAACUGUUACUUCAGGGCCUUGACAAUAAAAUGUCUGGACAGAACGUACUUAAAAAAAUAAUAUGUGUGUGUGUGUAUAUAUAUACACACACAAAAUCAAUCUGCUGCUGCUCAGCUUUGAGGAGUCAGGGACUUUUGUUGUGAAGUUGUCACCAAUAGGAACUAAAGCUUUAUGUAGUUAACACUGCACUUUGCUGCUGUAGGUUUCACACUGGGCGGUGUGUGUUCAUCACAUUAGUAAGGAGGAUGUGACAAAUGUAGGAAAUGAAUGAAUAAAUAAAUAAAAUGUGGAAAGAGG